CAUUGCCGAUUCAGCGACCCGAGAUCUCGUUGUCGGUACAGACUCUGGGCGGCUCAGGCUCCUGCCUGCACUCUCUGCGCUUGACCGGCUCCCGAUAACUCAUGUCGGUCUCGGGUUCGACGACUUCCUACCGAGCAGGACCUCUCUCCCCAUCGUCUCCAGCGGCUGGAUCGUGCAAGGCGACCCAACCGCUGCUUUCUGGGAUCGAUCACACUCCACAGACACCCACAUCUCCUCCGUUGAUGUCAGUCGGGUCUCAAAACUAUGCCUCCAGCUUCACUACCACACAGGCAUCACCCGGCCAGACGACGACGUCACAAACAGCACCUCUCUCUUCACCUCCUUCCUCAACUCCGAUGUCUACGCAGCUGUCGCAGCAGCCGACUGUAGCGGCGACAAACUCUUUUCCUACUCCAGCAAGCAGCGUCAGUGGUCACCUGAUGGGAACAGCAUCUGCGGAAGAUCUAGAGAAUGCGGAGAAAUCGGGCGCCCGGAUACAGGGCCAGGAUUCGGGAUCAAUGGCAGACUCAAUGACGAUGGACGAUUCGGGACAUCACCGGUCAGAUCAUGACCGACAGCGGGGAGGAGAGGGAAGGACGAAGUUGAAUGAUUCAACAACAGUCAAAGAUGAAGACGCGAUGGACGUGGAUGGAGGAGCGGGCAUUUCUCGAGACGAAGGAGAAUUCAGUUUGUCCUCUCUAGAGAAAGAUUUUGGCCCAGCUUUCCAUCUCUGCAAAACUUCCCAUACCAUGACAGGCCCAGAUCCAAGUUGGGAUUUGGUGUCACUCUAUGGACUAGGCCCCAUCGCGAAAUCCGUUGCCAGGACGGAUCCCGUCACGGGAGAGAAGAUCAACCGGCUCAGGAAGUCUUAUGAGGGAAAGCUUAAAGGCCUCGGUUUGGCGGGAAGGAAUAAACCCGUCAAGCAUGAUCCGGGAGCGCCUGGCGGCCUGCGGGACCUGACGAUGUGGCCCGAGGAGGAGUGGCAGAACCAAAAGGUUUCUGGCAAGGAGAUACGGGUCGCAGACCUCGACUCAGCAUUCUACAAGCUGCAGAUGAAGGCCAUGAAGAUGGAACCGGGAACGGUUCCGAACCACGAGUUCUGGGAGGAUGCUUUGGGUCAUGAAAAGCCACCGAAGCAUCCAGGCCCCGGAGACAGCAAGAAAGUGUCUGGCGCUGCGACUCCAAACGCUGCUCGACAACCCAGUCAACCGAAUGGCACGCCGACUGCUACAGAACCCGAGCGCACUCGACCGAGUCGUGGGCGCAAGAGACAUUAUGAUGAUAAUAGUUUCGUGGGCUAUGGCGAGGGCUACGUGGAUGAUGACGAUGACGCUUUGUAUUCCAACAGCGAAUCCGGCAAGAAAAGGCGGAAGAAGGACAAUAUUCCUAGAGGCCCGCCCCCGAUACCUGAACGGAGUGGCAGCUAUGGUGUCGGCAUGUUCGGCAUUGGGGCCAGAUAAUGGAGAGGGAUAGAAAUUUUCGACAUAAUAAUCUUUUGGGGCGCUCCGGGCGGAAAGUCCAACUAAAUGACGGCGACAAUCUCGACGGAAAAAAAAAAUAUCUUUAUGCGGGAGUGUCGUGUUUAACGUCCGCUUUCUCCUUCAUCGCUCCUU